AUGUUGGCGGAGGAAACUGAGGACCACGGAUCCUACAACGGAAACCACGAUUUCAACUGGCAUAAGCAAAUCUGGUCUCUUAAGUGUUCACCAAAAACAAAACUAUUCCUAUGGAAAGCGGUACACAAUGCCUUACCUGUAGGGGAAAAUCUGUCAUGUCGCACUGCUCUCGACCCUAUGAAGUGCCCUCAUUGUGAAGCCGAGGAGACAACCUUACACCUCUUUUUUCAAUGCCCUUUUGCAAAGACCAUCUGGGAUUUGGUCCCUUUCCGAGAACAAUCUGCGGUGAGAGAAGUCCUUUCUUUCACAGGCGGACUAGAGCUGGUAAACAACCUUACAUGCUUACCUCCUUUGGGAGUGGGAAACGGCCCCUUAGCCCCCUGGCUCCUCUGGGUGAUUUGGACAUCACGAAACCAGAUGAUUUUUAACAAGAGGCAUAUAUCCGUACAGGAAGCCCUGGUAACAACAAUUUGUCGAGCCCGUGAGUGGCAGGAGGCUCAAAUCUCCCCGGCUCACAACCUGACAACACCCCAACCGACCCAUAUCCCACAGGCCCCUCCGAGUGGUUCCAUUUGCUGCACUGAUGCCUCUUGGAAGGAAGACGGACGGGCUGGAAUCGGAUGGAUCUGCAGAAAUCAUCACGAUCGAAUCAUCUUCGAAGGAUCUGCACUUUUAUCUGCGGUCGCUUCACCGUUGGUCGCCGAAGGCAAGGCAACUCUUGCAGCGGUGAGAGUUGCAAUUGCAUUGGGUACCAUCGACAUUCUCUUUGCUUCUGACUCGCUAAUCCUAGUCAAAGCCCUUAACCAGAAGACUCCACACAAGGAUCUUCACGGGAUUACUCAUGAUAUCCUGAAUUUAUCUGUUUGUUUCAAUGUCUGCUGUUUCCGUUUUAUCUCUCAAUCGAGUAAUCGCUAG